GAAAACAAAAAGUUCAAGACUUCCUAGAAGAAAUGGCGGAUUUUCCCACAACGUCUAGCUUACUGCAAAUGGGGAAGUUUUGUCUUCCUCAUUUGGCUUUCUCCUAUUCAACCGUCCCAUCAUAUUGCUGCUUCUCUGUAUCUCCUGCUGGAUAGAUAUGCAUUUUUCUGGUUUUGGCGCUAACAUUUGGCACUUCUACCCAACAAGGCCAACAUGAAGUCUUCUUCCGCUUCAAUGGCUGCCAACCGUCAACAGGAAACAUAUAUUCGUGCUCGGGAUAAUCCUUUCUUUGAUGGUAUGAGAAGACGAGAGGCAGCAAUAAUGGAUAAAGAACACCAGUCGGCACUGAAGUUCAGAGUUGAGGAUGUAAAUGAGUCACAGAAAGAGCGCCCUCCAAAGUCUAGUCUAGCAAAUGAAGUGACUCAAACUCUGGCACUUACAAAGCCCAUGAUCGAACAAUCAUACAGCGUGAACAAGGAUAGAACAAAUCUCUCUAAAGUUCCACUUCCUCCAUCAGCAGCAUUAUUUUACAAUGGGUAUUCACCACAAAUGGAAGUUGUUGAAUCAUGUCAAAGUAUAUACAAGCUAAAUAUGUAUCUAAGAGCUCGAAAAGAUGAUGUCAAUGCUGGUGUGCCAGGAAGGUUCUUGCAUGCUGUAAUAGGACCUGACAUCUGUGAUGUUGGUUCUGUUGCUACAACAAUCAUGUAUGCCUUUUACCUGAAUGAAUCGUUACAGAACAAACUGUUCUGCACUGUGCCUAUAAUCAACAUGACAAGGGUAGACAUGGAAUCUCGAGCUGAGCUGAAAUGGCUGCUUGAUGCAUGCCAUGUAGAUCAGUCAUCACUGGUGUUUCUUGAUGAGAUUGACUUAUCCUAUUAUGAUUUAUUUGGAAGCCUUAAACUAGUUUUACUGAACUGCAACAAGCUUCCUGCUAGACAAGAAGCAUUAAAAGAAGCCUUGGUGGAAAUAUUCAGUUGUUCGAAGCAUGAUGAUGUCUAUUCUUGGGUUAAAAGUGCCACAUUUGGAGAGGAAGCAUCCUGCUCUACACUUAUUGCUGAAAAGUUUCUGCUUACCACCCCAGAGAUAUUGGCUGGGCAAAGAUUCAGCCGACUUCUGCUAGCCGGCAUCCUUAUGGAUACUGGGAAUUUGAGAAGUCCUCUUUCCACUUCCAAAGACAACUACAUGGCAACCUUGUUGAUUAAUGGGGCCGGUCGAUAUGGUUGCAAUGGGCUUUACCAGAUCUUGAGAUACAAAAUGUAUGAUGUACCUGAACUGAGCAUUGGGGAAAUCCUGCAGAAAGAUAUCAAAAAAUGGACAAAAAUAGGUAAACUAAUCAGUGGUAACUCUAGAUUGACGGUGUUAAACAUUGGGAUGAGUUCAAUUGGAAUAUCAAUUGCACAGCUCCUUUCACUUGAUUCAACUUCAAAUCUGGAGAUUUCACAUUUUCAGCGCUUGGAGAAACUUUCCCUCCUUCUAAUUGUUUCUGGAUAUUAUGAUGCUGAGAAGAACUUUAAGAGGGAAAUCCUGGUCUCUGCUGAAUCAGUUGAACUCUUGAAAAACCUGAUCCAAUUUAUGAAAUCAAGUGCUCCUGACCUACCGCUCAAAAUUUUGCAUCAUCCAGAUCUACGAGAGGAGAUGAAAGCAUUUGAAGUUGACAGAGUCACAUCUCGCAAGACGAUUGAGCGACUCUUGGAAGAAUAUAUUGAGGUUUCAAAUUGACCAAAGAUUUAUGCCUGAUCUACACUGGUGCCAAACAUCUAGGUACAGAAAUUUCAAAUUUGCUUGGCCACAAUCUCUUGCAGGAAGUUUAAGCAGCUUACAACCCCAGCCACCCCUUUUCUCUGUCAGUAUUUUGUCCCUGUAAAGACUUAUUCACACAUUUGAUAUUGGAGAAAAUUCUUAAAUUGUUAUGAAAA